AACAGCCACUUUUGUGGGUACAAGAGCAGCAGCUUUUAAAACCAAGGGUAAACAUUCAGACUUCAUUAGGAUCCUCAAUACAAGCCAGCCAGUAAAAUAUGGAAUCUACCCAGAGGAGCUCAGUCUAUCGGAUGGUCAAGACAAAUAAAACUGGGUCCAAGGUAGCAGUUUCAGCACAGAAAGGGUCUGAGGUUACUAACACAACCCCUCAGCGGGGACAAGGAUAUAUUAUUGCCUCGAGCUCACGAACCGCUGCAGCCCCCCUAAGUCCUUUGCCCCAUCGAAGAUCAGAAGCUGGGCAUCUCCCCUCUUUCCAUUCAGCAUCAGACUAUCCACGUUCUAUCUCCCCCCAGUCAGGGCCCAGUGGAACACCCAUCCCUCGAGGAAGUGAGGCCCGAUCAAAAUCAGAAUCAUACCGCCAUCCCUCUAUUCAUCGAAAGAUCCAGCAAACUCAAACAUCAGCUUCCCAUGCUGUCCAGACGCAACGGAAUGUUAGCCCAUCCAGAGAGGAAUCAGCACGAAGAGGGGGUGAGAGCAAGCCAGGGCGUGACAUCAGUAAUCGCUACUCAUUAACCCCUGAUGCCAAAUCCUCUCGCCGGUUGAGUUUUGUAGACCAGAAGGAUAACUUACAAAUCUUGCAAGAAGACCCACCCUCCAAGGUCCAGUACCCACAAGGGGUCAGAGUUCCCCGUAGGACUUUGGUUUACCCAAAGGAUGAAGCAGUCCAAACUGAACCCAUCCAAAAGGGUUUGACUGCUACUGAGAUCAGAUCUCCAAGAAGACCCUCUAGCCCAGAACAUAGCAGUGGCCGAGUCAAUGCAGACUCUCGGACAGCCCAAAGAAAGAUCCCUGGCCAAGAGUGUGAAAUGAGUCAUCCCAGCCCAAUUUACACAGAACCCAAGACUUUGCAUAGGAAUAUGAACUUGGAAUCAUCCGUCAGACUCUCUAUCCUAAAGGAUUUGAGUGGUGGACACCGAGUUUCUAGGCGUUCAGAUCCUGAGACUAUCCCUAAGCAGUCUGUCUACACUGACACCAAGACCUCCCCAAAGAACUUAAUAUCAUCAGAAGUAGAGUCCAACCUGAGGUCCUCAACUAGAGGAGAUGGCGAGGUCAGCCGCAGGGUCACCAUCUCCUCAGUGGAACAGUUAUACUCAGCUCCCCGUGUGACAUCUCGAGCAGUGUCUGAGAACCCCGACAAAUCUAUGUUUGUCACUCCAGAGCCCAGCUAUAAGCAGCACACCCAAAGACCCUCAGAAAGUGUCUGCAUGUCCCCAGGACCUGCACUCAGGUAUCCAGAACCCUCCCCAAAGCCCUCGGUCCAUGCAGAACUGGAACUGACCCCUCGGCCCUUACCCCCUCGGUCCUUACCUAGGUAUGGACCUGACUGUUCAUGGUGGGCCUUACUCAAUCCUGAAGCUGAAACAUCCCAAAGCCGGCCGACAACACCUGAUUUUGAGUCUAAGUCCCCUCUUCCCCCAGACCCUUUAUUGUCCUUUUUUGAAAUGGACUCAAGUCCUUUCUGUGAGGAAAUGAUGUUCCAGAGAGAGAAGGCAAGUCCAUCACCACCACCAUCAGCAACACCACCACCACUAUCACCACCAAAGGAGUCUCCAAACCAGGCACCAUUGAGGGAAAUGCCACAAGCCCUCAAGCAGACCUCCAAACAACCCACUCAAAGAUGUGUCUGAGGAAAUGUAUAAUCGUGUCAUCUGGUGGCUAAAAG